CUUUUUAUCUCUGACUUCUCUGUUUCAUAGUCCAGUAUCCACAUUCAAUCAUCACAGAAAAUGGUGUAUCAAAAUUCGGAAUCCACACCAAGGAGGAAGCACACUCGAGAAGAAAAAUCAAUCUUACAAGACAAGCUUUUGACACGCAACAUUGUGAUCGAGCGUGGAGUAGAGCAAAAUGAUCUUCAAGUGGAACCGUUUCGAUUCAUUCAUGAAAUAUUCCAGGCCAAUCAAUGGACCUCUGUGUUCGUUCCUGUUAAUGUAUACACUCGAUUAGUUCGGGAAUUCUACUACAACAUCGAAGACAUUGACUUGGUUGAUUCUCCGUCAUUCAAGACCAAGGUCUCAGGGAAAACUCUCAAUGUCACUCCUGAGUUGAUAAGUGAAGUUACUGGGAUUCCUUUGACAAAUGAGAAGCCGCUUCCAUUUUUGGAGACUGAGCCACAACCAACUAAAGCGGAGAUCAUGGCGGUUCUUAAUCCGAGUCAAAAGCUUGUAUGGGACGAAAACAAGAACAAAAUUCCGAUUGGUUAUGUACGGGCUCCAGAGAGGCUGCUAACACGGAUUGUGCUGCAAAAUAUUUGGCCAAUCUCUCGAAAUAGUCACGUGACUAUAGAACGAGCAAUGAUGAUUUAUGGUAUAAUUACCCGUGUAGAGUUUUGUUUAUGCACUCAUAUGGUGUUGACUAUGAUUGAGCUCCAUGACGAUCACUCCAUUGCAUUACCUUAUGGCGGUCUCAUCACAAAGAUUCUGCACGCUACUUUGCCAAAAAUUGCUGCAAAUGAACAUAUGGAAUCUCCUGAAGGUUAUUUUGGCAAAGCAACAAUGAUGAAGUCAAAUGCCCAACUUAGGCUUCAUGCUUCAGCUGCUCAUGUUUCUCAAAUCAUUCAAGAUCCUCCAGCUGCGUCUUCCUUGGAAUCAUCAGAUACACAAAGUCAAUUAAAUAAAAUCAUUGACUUACUUAAAGCCCAAGGCCAAAGCAUUGAAGCUAUCAACAACCGCCUGACGACUCAAGGCCAAAGCAUCGAAGCUAUAACCACCCGCCUAACUACUUUGGAGAAAGAUGUGAAGUAUAUCAAGGACAGUUUUUGGCAAGAAUGA